AUGCUGCUCCACUUACGUCAUUUACAAUUAAUGCUGGCCAUCAUUUCCUGCAUCAUUGGCAGUCUGAUCGGCGAGACGACAGCAACAGCAACAGCCCCAUCCCCAGCCUCAACCUCAUCCUCCACCUCAUUCUCAUCCACAGCCUCAGCCUCGGCGUCGACAUCAGCAACCAUACCGGGCAAGUAUCAGGCCUAUGGACAACAACAGCCAAAGAAGCUGCACAUCGUCUCGACUGCAACAAGUGUUCUGGAUGCCGCUACCAAACCAGUAUCCCGACAGAAUCCGAUCAAGAAUUGGUUUGGUGGUGCCUUCAAUCGCAACAAUUCGCCAUCGGCUCAAGAACAGACCGCCACAUGUUCCUGCAGAUGCGGCGAACGGAACGACGAGUCACGCAUUGUUGGGGGCACCACGACGGGCGUCAGCGAAUACCCCUGGAUGGCCCGGUUGAGUUACUUUAAUCGUUUCUAUUGCGGCGGCACUCUGAUCAACGAUCGGUACGUUCUAACGGCCGCCCAUUGCGUCAAGGGCUUCAUGUGGUUCAUGAUCAAGGUCACGUUCGGGGAGCACGAUCGCUGCAACGACAAGGAGCGACCCGAGACGCGUUUCGUGCUGCGCGCCUUCAGCCAGAAGUUCAGCUUCUCCAACUUUGACAACGAUAUUGCGCUGUUGCGUCUGAACGAUCGCGUGCCGAUCACCAGCUUCAUACGCCCCAUCUGUCUGCCGCGGGCGGAGCAGCGCAACGACCUGUUUGUGGGCACGCGGGGCAUUGCCACUGGCUGGGGCACGCUAAAGGAGGAUGGCAAGCCCUCGUGCCUGCUGCAGGAGGUCGAGGUGCCCGUACUGGACAACGAGCAUUGCGUGGCGCAGACGAAUUACACCCAGAAGAUGAUCACCAAGAAUAUGAUGUGCGCCGGUUAUCCGGGGGUGGGGGAGCGCGACUCCUGCCAGGGCGACUCCGGCGGUCCUUUGGUGCGCCUGCGACCCGACGACAAACGCUUCGAACAGAUUGGCAUUGUAUCCUGGGGCAAUGGCUGUGCCAGGCCCAACUAUCCGGGUGUCUAUACACGCGUCACUAAAUACUUGGACUGGAUUGUGGAGAAUUCGCGGGACGGUUGCUUCUGCGACGAGGACUUCUAG